UACGCAUGCUUAUUCAACAAAACAAUACUUCGCUUGUAUUAAGAGAAUAAUAAAAUAUACAGUAGCCUGGGCAACGAAAUGUACAUUUGAUCAAUGGCACAGAGUAUAUAUCUACGCACUGUGUUCGCGUUUACAUCAACUAAUACUUAUAAAGUAUUUUAAUACUAUGCGCAGUUCUCUCUUCCAGAAACAAAUAAUCUAAUUUCAAAUCAAAGACGUUUACAAAAAAAAUGGGGAAUUCAUGUACGAGAUGUCCGGAUCUAUCGUUAUCAUCAACGCCGUCGGGAUCGGUAUUGGACCGAGUGAUUUCUCAAGCGUCCACCGAAGACGAUUGUUUGUUAUACAAGUAGGCUGUUUAUCGGUAUUAUGUAUUAAACAGUAUUAUUUUAAUUUUAUGUUUAACAUUUCAAGGCUAGCGGAUUAUAAAAAAGGCGGCGAAUUGAUUAACGUGUACAACAACGGCGGUCAGGAUGAAGCGGAAAAAUUCAUUGUAGAAAAACUACCCGGCCUCAUGUACAACGGCGGCAAGGGUCAAGUAAUAAACCGAAACGAUUAUCUAAGGUGGAAAUUUCAAAAUCGCAAACACGUAAUUAUUUCGUGUCGAUAAAGUUCAUUAUAAUAACCGUGAUCAUAUAAAUAAUAGUGUUACGCAUUUACCCUUUAAAGGUGGCCGUAAAUUUUGAAGAGAGGCCCGGACCUCACGAUCCGCUGACCAGAUGGGUAGACCACGUAGCGUGCUGGCAAAUGCAGUAUAGAGGAUCCCUGGGCGAAAGUUUGUUGCACGUGUUAAUCAUAUGUGAUACCGUUAUACACACUAGACUGUCACGACUACUACUCAAACACUAUCCGAUGUUAAGUCAAGACGUCGUAGAAGGCGAAGAAUAUCUUGGUAAGUAUUUCAUAUCUAAACAUUUAAAAUAAUAUUCAAUUAUUGUGAUAGUACAAAAUAACAUAUUGGGAAACAUUAAUUCGUUUUAGAACAAAACACUCGUGGGCAACAGAGCUUGGUAACUAGAAUCAAAUUUUCCCUCACUUAUUGUUUAUAAUAGAAAUUUUUUUUUCAAAAUAACCGAAUACUACAAUGAUAGAAUGCUCAUUGUAAUAGACACAACACAGUGCAAAAGUCUCUAUAUUUGGGGGAAAUUCGACAAAGUUUCAAAAGUUUAGAAGCUUAGAAGUUUUGAGAAUAAAAUCAAUGAUCUUUUAAAAUAAAAUAUUAAUCUAGGUCAGUGAAUUGUUUGCCGUCACUGACGUUGCUCAGAGUAUAAUAUAUAUACUUCAAUGAAUCGAUUUACCGUUCUACCCCAAUUUUUAAUUAUUUAUUUCAUUAGAAUAAUGUAUCUAGUAAAACUAAAUAGAAUACAAUCAGUUAAUACCUAUUAGGUGUAUUACGAAUAUUGUAACAAAAGAGUAAUUCAAUAAUAGUCUCUUUAUUUUUUUAAAUUCUGCGUUUUCAAAUACAAUCCACAGGUGCAAGUGCGUUACAUUUGUCUAUUGCUUACAACAACAACGAUCUAAUCCAAGAUUUGGUCGAUGCCGGUGCGAAUAUCUGUCAAAGAGCUAUAGGUGGGCGAAAACAAAAAAAAAUAAGAGAAAUGUGAUCGAAUACACUCAUUAAAAAUCGCGUCAACAUUUUCAGGAAGUUUCUUCUUACCACGUGAUCAGCAAAACAAUAAGGACAUGGGCAACAAACAUACAGAUUAUGAAGGACUAGCGUAUCUAGGAGAGUUGCCGUUAGCCUGGGCUGCUUGCUGUGGUAACCAAACCGUAUAUAAUCUGUUGAUUGACGCCGGAGCGAAUCCCGACGCUCAGGAUUCUUUUGGAAAUAUGAUUCUGCACAUGGUGGUCGUUUGCGACAAACUGGUAAGUACCUAUGUAAUUUUGAACAUCGUCGGCACCGAUCUAAUUAUAUGAUGCAAUUUAACACGUGCGAAUAAUUGAGAAAACAAAAAAAAAUUAUCAAAAAGACGAUGCGUUUAUAGACACGAACAAUAAUAAUUAAGAGACCGUUGAACUAUAAUAAUAAUAUAAUAAGGUGAAAAGACAUUUCUGAUAAAAACAAAAAUAAUGAUAAUUUAAGAACUUGAAAGUAUUCUAUUUAAUUUUUAAAUUAAUUUGAAAACAAUACCGUGUAAUAGUAAUAUUUACCACAUUAAUCACAAGUAAUAUUAAUUAUUGUGUAAUCACGACAUUUUCUCAAAAAUACGAGUAUAUAUAUGUAAAACAGAAAUAAAUAUACAAAGUGUACAUGAAGUAUAAAAUAAAUUUCCUGUCUUUGGAGGAGGUUACAAAUUUUGGAGAAAAGAUUCCAAAUUAAUGUCAUUGGUUUGGUAAUCAAAUUCUAAAUUGCGGAUGCCAGGUUAACGGAGCUUGCAUUCAAAGUAAUUUCACAAACAAAACAAAAUACGUUUUAGGUUGUUUUACAACUAUAUUGCUAUGAUUUAUUUAAAAAAUAAUAUUUUGAGCAAUAUGAAAAGGAGGUACUUAUAAUAUUAUAUAGGUACCGGUAACUCAUCGUCAAAAUAGAAAUUAAUUGUAUAAUAGUAAUAAAUAGUACACAACAUUAAUCAAAAUUGAGUUCACUUAGCCGGAAAUUAAAACCCAUUAAUCUAUUGUUUUAGUUCUUGUCAAUGUAUACAAUACCUAUUUUUAUAUUAUUGUAUGGUAAUACAAAAAUUUCUUUUCGGUCUAGUGAACUACAAAUUGUGAUUAAUUUUUACACACGUAAUUAUUGCACUAUUUGUAAUUUGUAGCGGGGGAGUUAUGUUAUUAAUAUUAUAAUAAUUAUUCAGAUACAUUUUCCAUCAAAUAUUCGAGCAUGCGAAUAUAUGAUACCGAUUGUUUAUUAUUUAUUUUGUAUUUUACAUUUACGAUUUUUUGUAUAAGGAUGUAAAUGUAAUAAUAUGAUUGUUCUGCAAUUAUAUUGAAAUCCUCGAAUCUUGGGAUCGUUCUACUGCCGUCGGUAGAUACACUUCGAUUCGUUGCAUUCAUUGAGAAUAUUUAAUAUUCUCACAAUUACAUCGCUGUCUGUCGUUAUGCACUUACAAUCGAUAUUCUCUUCAACCGACAACUGUAGAUACCAGGGGCUUCAUUCCUUCUUUUUUGAGGGUGUGCGUGGUAUCAAGCAGACCAGGCCACAUAAAAAUAUACAUACUAUACAUCAAUAAAUUAUGAAUCGCAAGAAACAUAAAUAGUAAAAAGCUAUUUAAAAUCCAAAAAAUAAUAAAUAAUUGGUACUUUAACUGUGAAAACCAAUGAUUAAUACAUACAAAUAUGAAAUAUUGAAUAUGAUAAAUGCUAUAUAAACAAAAGAAGAAAAGCACACAACAUGUGUAUAUUAUGUGUAACUAUUGUGCAAGUAAACGCUCCAGAAAAAAAAAAUUAGUUAUAUUUAUAUAAGAGGAUAGGUAUUGGCGAUUUUAAGUACAGCAAAUACAUCCAUAAUUUUUUCUAAAUCAAUAUUAUUUACUUCUUCUUUUUUAACAUUUAACACCUUAAGAUCAUUUAGUCUUUAACCAUCGCCCAUGAAAGUGCGUAAAUAUGAUUUUACAUUUUUUGGCAAUGGAAAAACCUUUCAUUUAAUGCUAUUGUAAUUGGCAAAGUUCAAUGUUUCCUUGAUAGCAACCCGUAACCGUUUAACCGCAAAGUUAUACAACUUUUGACCAUGAAUAAGUUUUUUAUCUCUAUCUGUAAUCUGUAGGGAUAUCAAGUAUGUCUGUUAGACUACAAAAUACACGAUAGAUUCAUUGUUUACCAAAUUACUAUUGAUAGUACAUUUGUUUAUUGACAGUAAAUACCAAUAUUGUUAGAAUAAAAAUAUAAUUUAAUUUUAAUUUUAUAAAAAAUGUUGCAUUAUUUCAACAGGCCAAUUGGGACUACUUGAAAAGUGAAGGGAGCAACCGUACACCCUGCUCCCCUCCAAAUGACGCUCCUGGUAAACACGAGGCAAAUAUAUUAUCGAUCCUCAUGAACUUUCUCGCAAACAAUGUUGAUUGCCAUUUUCUCUUAGAUCGUUAAAAAACUUUCGCAUACCUGUUUAUAAUAUCUACAUUUUCACAUUCCUUUCGUAAUAUCGUUCUCUGUUUUUAAUUACGUCCAUUACAAUUAGUGCAAAUCUUCUAACCUUCGUAUCAUUUGUUAUGCAAAUAAUCCCCUAUUUUUCAUUGACAAUCAACAAGUAAUACAGGUUAUUAUUUCGUUUCGUUUUUUUUUUUAGAUCGGCGUAUUUAAAAACUUAUUAAAUGUUGCAAAAACGAUUUCAAGAUUUUAAUAUUAUAGAUAACAAAUUAUUCUAAACGUUCUUCAAACUCAAUUUCCUUUAUCGAAUUUCAAGUUUAAGCCCCGAUAAAAAAAAAAAAUAAAUAAAUAAAAAUGUACGUUUAUACAAAUUCAAUUAUAAAAAUCUGUCAUCUUUAUUUUGCACAUGGCUAAAACAUUAUAAUAAUAGGUAUGUAAAUGGAUGCAUGUUCAAAAUACAAGUAUUAUUUGACGUUUAUAUUAUUUUGAAUUUAAGGUUUCUAUAAAUACUUUUAUUCAUUAAAAUUCUUUAUAAGUUAUUUAUUACAAUACCACAAUAUUAUUUUUCAAUAAUUACUGUUAUAGAGCAUGUUUGGAUACGCUUUGAAGCAUCCCAAAGUUCCGGCGAGUAACGGCAUUAUGAACGCUGCCAGAUUAACGCCUUUAACGUUAUCGUGCAAACUGGCUAGAACAAGUGUUUUUCGUGAAAUGUUGGAACUAAGCGCACGAGAAUUUUGGAGGUACAGUAAUAUUACAUGUUCGGCGUAUCCUCUGAGCGCGUUAGAUACAUUACUUCCGGACGGAAGAACAAGUUAGUCGAUUAUCCGUGUACAAAAAAUCAAAUGACGAAUAAUAUUAUAAAAUGAUGGUUUCGCAGAUUGGAAUUCAGUGUUGUUUAUAAUUUUGGACGGUACCAAAGAGGAACAUUUAGACAUGCUCGACGGAGGUAUAAUUCAAAAAUUAUUGGAAGAAAAAUGGAAAACAUUUGCUCGGGUUCGUAAAAAAAAUACAAAUUAUUGACGUUAACAAGAACAAAAAUGUUGCUAUUAUUUUUUUUGUAUAUGUGAUUUUUUUUUAUUAUAUAGAAACAAUUCAUGAAACGUUUGGUCAUAUUGUCCAUCCAUUUGAUCAUGUUGAGUAUUUCUAUAUAUUUAAGACCUGUUGACCAAGACAAACCAUUGAUUGGGGAAGCGGAAGACUGGCAAGACGUAGCGAGAUACUGCUUCGAAGGCGGGACAGUGGUGGGAGUUUUGUCGUAUUUAGUUGUACAGCAGGGCGGAGAAAUAUUAAACCAAGGUCUCGUGGGAUUUUUAAAGCAAACGGUAUUACGAUAUUUAGACGUGUCAAAUUAAAAAAAAAAUGCAUGCAUAAGUAUUUCUGACCAAAAUGCAUAUAAUGUAUUAAAAUAUUCGUGUUUGAUCAGUUUAAAGAACCGGCAAAAUUGAUAUUUUUGAUUUCAAAUUUAUUGAUAUUGGCUUGUAUACCACCGAGAAUAAUGGGGGAUAAACAGACAGAGGAAGCUAUAUUGGUGUUCGCGGUGCCCGGAUCAUGGUUUUUGUUGAUGUUUUUCGCCGGGUAACUACCUGUAGUGUAAAACCCAUACACACUCUUUUUCUUCUUCUCCUCUUUUCUUUCUAUUUUAACUUCAUCAAUCCUCGAUAUACAGCCAUUUGCUUUUAAGCAUUUUUCUUCCUCUCUUUCCAUACACUAUCAUUUGCAAAACCACAAAACGUGGUCAACAGAUCACAUCUGUCAAUUAUUCUCGUCUUUUUCUUUUCAUUAAAUAAUAUUCAAUGAUAUUCAAACGAUAAAUGAUAUGAUCAAUAUAUACCUAACCUAAAAACUGUUUAGUUUGUUGCUGCUCGUCAUCAUAUUAAUUAUUCCUCCUUGUCAUGAGCAAUGGUCAUAUACCGAGGGCAUAUUCUGCCCUCGGCUGUCUUCUUUUUACGCGUAUCUUUCAAUCCCCUCAUUUGUAAAACGCAUUCCUUACAUUCUAUUCGUUCUAAUAACUACACUAAUCCAUUUAUUAGCAUUCCUAUUGUUGAUAUACAUUCAUAUUCAUUGGAUUAAAUACAUUUUAGUGCCAUACGUCUGACUGGUCCGUUCGUAACGAUGGUUUACUUGAUGAUUACGGGAGACAUGUUAACGUUCUUCAUCAUCUACUCAGUAAUACUGUCCGGUUUUACACAGUCAUUUUUUUUUCUUUACAAAGGAUCACCGGAUGUUAGCACAUCGUUGUACAAAUCAUACCCUUCUACUUGGAUGGCAUUAUUUCAAAUCACUAUGGGCGAUUACAAUGUAAGUUAUUGCGCAUUACUUAUAUUAUAAUAAUUCAAUCCUACACAAUAGCACAAUAAUUUCAGUUAUAAUAGGUACAUUCAUUUUUUAGUAUGCAGAUUUAAGUUACACUGUGUAUCCAGCGCUUAGUAAAACCGUGUUUACUGUUUUCAUGGUUUUGGUUCCCAUUUUAUUGCUGAACAUGUUGAUAGCUAUGAUGGGCAACACGUACGCGCACGUGAUCGAACAAAGUGAAAAAGAAUGGAUGAAACAAGUAAAUACUCGUACCUAAUAAGUUUAAAAUGUCAAUAGGUUUUUGAGUUUUUCUAAUAUUCAUUACUUACAUAUUAUUAUGUAUUUCAGUGGGCCAAGAUUGUGGUUACUCUCGAGAGAGCUGUACCGCAAAAAGCAGCUAGGAAUUACAUAGAAGAGUAUAGCAUACAGUUGGCUCCCGGUGACGAACUAAAUCCGGAACAACGAGGUUUUAUGGUGAUCAAGUGUAAAAACCAAACCAGAGCGAAACAGCGAAAAGGCGCUGUUACAAAUUGGAAGGUAUAUAAUUUAAUUUUAAACACAUUUUUCCAAUUGUAUAUGAAGUAUGAGACAUUUUUUUUCUUAAUGAUCUGUGUAUACGAAUCUCUAUGAUUUUUAAGUUUUAACCAUGAAUACAUUUGAUAGCUCUAAUAUAAUUAGUGUGACUUUAAUAAUGUUAAAUAACAUUCGCGAUAAUUAUAUUAUACAUUUUUUAAAACAUUUUUCGACUUUUGAGAAUAUAAUUUUUUUAGCUCUGUAAAAGCGAUUGAACAUUUAAUACAGGUUAUCGUCAUUGUCUUUACUGCUAAAAGAAAAAACAAUUGAACGUAAUUUCAUAAUAUUUAACUUUUUAUUUUUUAUUGUUUCGAGGCUAAUAUUUUUAAAACGAUUCGUUAAAACGCAAAAAAAAUUUAAAUAAAUAAAAUUAUUUUUUAAACAAAAACUAAUAAACAAUGUGCAAUUGAAAUUUAGAGGAGGAGGAAAUUAAUUGUUUAAAAUUAUAUAUUUUGUUUAAGAAUGUCAAACCUCUAUAUAAUUUCCCUUUACGUCGUGACCGAGACGAUUGUAGCCUGGACCCUAAGAUUGUUUCAAAAGUUAUUUUGCGAAUUAAAUUUGGUUAGGAAAUUUAGGUACACGAUAGAAUAUUUAUUGCAUUAGGUAUUGCAGAGUUGUUAAGUUGGACAUUGUUUGUAUUUUGAAUACAAUGAUAAAUCACAUACCGAUAAUACAUUUUAAAUUACUUAUCAAUUUCCUAUUUGAAUAAAGUUUUUUAAAUUUAAAAAAACAGUUUCAUACUGCAGACAAAUAGGUAAAUAAAGCUUGAACAAUUAAUUAAUGAUUGGAAAAUAAAUGGAAAUCAAAUUUACUUAAAAUCCUCUGAUAAAAUUGCUGGUUCAUGAUAAAUUACCCUCUAUAAUUUGCACAAUGAACAGACCACAGUAUAGGUGGAUUGUUAGGAAGGUAUAGGAUAUUCGAGGUCAUUUAGUUGAUAUUCUACAUGAAACAAAAAAACCUAUUUUGAGCGAAGUAUACCGAGUAGUACUUUAUCUUUUGUGAUCUUAUGGUCAGAAUUUAAAAAACAUAAGAAGCAAUGUUUUGAAAAAAUAUUGGGAAUUCCGAAAAAUUGUUUAAAAAGUACAACUGAUCGAAAAAUUCAUAUCUUUUAAGAAAAUACAUGAAUAAAUCCGAACCUUUUUACCAUCUGAAGAAGUGUUUUCCGAAAAUAAAAAAAAUAUCUUCGUAAACACAAAUAGCUCCAUCAUUACACUCAGAACCUCAAAUCCUAAAACAAACAUGUCUAUGUAUAUUAUAUUAUUGUCCACAUUUGUAUAGGUACUUUAAUAUCAAGUUUGUAAACGAUUAAAUUUAUUUUCAAUAUUUUAUGUUUGUUCAAGAAAAGUGGAAAACUAGUUAUCCAAGAGCUUCGAAAACUGGAGGGCACCGGACAGAAUUUAAGAGAUAUUAUUUGGAAACGAUCUUCGCUGUCAGCGUCUUCGCCGAUCGCUAAAAGUCUAUCAUCGCUGUAAUUUAGUAUUUUUCUUUUAGAUAUGAUCAUUUCUAGAGUUCGUCUCGUAUUAUAUGCUAUCAUAAUAUUGUAAAAUUUCGCUUUUAGAACGAAAAAAAAGAACAAGUCUUACUCCGAAACGAAAGACGAUCAAGCCAAACUUUCUGGUGCUCUGGGUGCAGCGCUUGACGCCAUUGCCGUGGUUCACGAUUUGGACAUGACGUUAAUAAAAGACCAUUCAAUCGAAGGUAUGUUAUUGAUAGUUAUUUAUUUUUUUUUUUUUAAAUAUAAUAUUAUUAUUACAAUUUUUUUUUUUUUUAGAACUACACGAUCCGCUCAGACAAUUGGUAAUAAUGACGGAAACUGAUAAAAAUAUCGAUAAAAACAAAGUCGAAAUAGUGGCAAAUGCGGCCGCUAAAAUUGCCGUGAGUUUUAUCAAUUGAUAUGUUGAAAUAUUUCAUUAAAAUUAUUAUAACUACUUUUACAUAUUAAUAUUCGUUUAUCAGACACAAGAUUCGGUAAAAUUAACACCGAUGAAGUUCGAACAAUCAACUGUCGGUAUGAAUACCUAUUUUUUUUAAAUAAAUAUUGUUCUUAAUAGUUUUAUACUGUUGUUUAUAUUGUUACAUCAGUAUCCAAUGAAAAUGGUUGUAUUGCUAUUAUAAGUUAACUGGUGGUUAAAAUGAACGGUACAUUGUAAUAGUGAUUAGUUCUAACUCUAUAAACUUAACACUAAAGUCUCCGUUACGUUAAACUGUGCGCUAGCAUAGUUGACAGUUCAAAUUUAGUGGGACAUAAAAACAGCCCUAAGUAUAUUAUGUGCAAUAAAUAUUGAUUUUUUUUUUUUUUAGAUGUUCCGAUAAAUAACGAUAAAAUAAUUAAACAGACAAAUCCGGUUGGUGUCAUUGUGACUACAAAUCGGAAACUCUUAAACAAGCAAUCCAAGAAUUUAAGUACGUACGGAUUUGAAAGCCAGGACAUGGUCGUAUCAGACGAUAAAUACAAUAGAAUGAUUGUAACCACGAAAAACAUUUCGACUCAAACCGGAAGCAUCGGUAUCCUAGAAAGAAGCGAACGACAAGUGAUUACGAGACCGAAAACCGCAAAAAUAAAUCGGUAAGCGUACAUUUUAAAUUCGGAGCGUAGUGAUGGAUCUAUUGAUUUUACGAUAAUGUGUGUAUUUUUUAUUUUUGUCUGUAAAUAACUUCCCGAAAAGAAAUCUUGUUCCGAUGUAUAGAGUGUAAAACGUUACAGAUUUUAUUGUUUUAAAUGUUUGAAAAUUAUGUUUUCUACUAGAAAUAUUGCUCCAAUCAAAAAAAUAACAAUAAAUCGAUUAUGUUCCUUUUAAUAUUAUCACUGAAAGAGAAAGUAAUUUUUUGAUGUCUAAAGUAGUGGUCAUAAUAAUUGGUUAAACCCGAAAAAUACGAUUUUUUUGAAAUUAACGUGCAAUGAUUUCAUUAGUUAAAACUUUUAAUAUUAUAUUUUUCUACUGUAAAUCAUUGAAUGGAUUUUAAGAACAGUAUAUUUUCGGAAAGAAAAUUUUGUUUUUUUUUUUUCGAGUAAAAGUCGUUAAAUUUUCCGUAUAGUUUUCCUAAUAAUUACAAAAAACCGAAAAAAACGUAGGAAAUACGGCAAAGUGUAUAGCAUUUGGGUUUAUUGUUGUUAUUCGAUCAAGAAAUAUUGUGAAGAUCUGUAGUUUUCACAAAAUAUUUAUAUUGACAUUUUAAAGAUAUGGUGAAAUUUUUAAAACAUUCAAACUUUUUUUAAGCUAUUUGUAAAUAUUUGAUAUGUUCGUGUUUUAAAUAUAUCUAUUUUUAUUUAGUAUAUGUAUCUGUUAUUUAAAUUAUAAGAUUUAAGAGAAACGCUUAAAAAUUUAACACAAGGUACAUUAUUAGUUGUACUUAUAGUGGUCUAAAAAGUGAGUUUAAUGCAUCAGGUAGUUUUUUUUAUUCGUAAGCGUUUUAAGUUCAAAUUUUUACGAAAAUCAUAAAAAUUAUGGUAUUUCAAAAUAGAUUUUAUCGGACUUCAUUCCGGAUUGUUUUUCGUUAGAAAUGAGCAAUCAUAAAUAACGAUUUAUCGUUACAUACAGAUAUAAAUUAAAUAACUUUAUAUACCCUACCAUCCCAAUUUUUCACCUACAACAGUAACUGUAUCGUCCUUAGUAUCCGCUCUUAUUUUAGAUUCUGAGUGGAGUGAAAAAGCUUAUGGUUUUACAAAGAUGUUUAUUUUUUAUUUUUUUUUCUGCGGACAACUUUUCUAUCAAAGAACUUCCUCCGAUCUUCUUACUAAAUACGAAAAACCGAAAAACAAGAGAAAAAAACAGGAAAAUGAACGAAAUAAAUUUGUUUAAUUCUACGAUUUUUUUUCUGAGUACAAUAUUUCUAACAGCAAUUUUACUCCAACUUACAAUGUUUGCUGUAGCCUAAUAGUUCUACAUUCCUAUUGUUAUCCUAAGGUUCACGAGUUCAAACUUGUAUUUCGAAAAAAAUUGUUUGCACUUAUUUUUUCCCUAUUACUUAAACACGGAAAAAACAAAUGCUAUCGCUCGGUCAGACUAUUUUAAUUGAAAUAUAUCCCUCGAUUUGUUGUACAGACUUUUCUACCAGAAAUCUUGUUUUAAGUGUAGCACUUUUUCUGGAGGAAAUCGGACUGGGGAGGUACUUUAAGGUCAUUUUUUGAUUUCCUCAAGAGAUUUUUCAGCAAAUGUGAAAUACCGGGAAAAAAAAAUGGGAAAAUCGGUACGAUGUUAAACAAAUAUUAUUAAAGAAAAUAUAUAAUUCCCAUUUAAUUAUUUUACCAUAUGACAUAUUGUUGACAAAGCAUCACUAUCAACUGAACUCCAUUCAGAAUCGUUUUUUCGUUAGCAAUGGUUUAUCGUUACUUACAGGUACAAAUUAAUUUCAUUUCUAUAUCCUACCUUCCCAAUUCUCACCAACAUCAGUGGCUGCACCCAUUGUGCAAAGUAUGUCAGUCUUUUUAUUAUUGUUUUUGACCCGUAUACAAGUCAAUAAAAAAACCAAAACAGAGUUUAUCGUUUAAAGGCUUCAGAAAAAAAAAAUAAAUAAAAUAACUCGUAAAUAAUUCCAACACUUUGAGGCAUACGUGACUCGACAAACAUUAUGAAUAUUUCAAUAAAGUUUUUACCUUUCACGUUUUUUCUUUCGGAGUAUUUUUUUUUUUAAGUUUUUAAAAUGUACACAUUUGUUAUUCGUUUUCCUUUUCUUCUGGAUACAAUUCUUAUAAUUAAUUAUACACCAGGUUUAUUAACAUAAAAUAGUUAAAAAUAUUUCACAGUACCUAUACACAGUUACUAACUUAUACAUUAUGAUGUAGAAGUUGUUUAAUUAAUAAAACGAAAGGUUGUUCAUAUUAUAUGAAAGAAACAAAACAUCUGAAAAUAACUAGCCGGGGGUAGAUAUAAAACGUUCAGGUUUUCUUAUAGUUUUUGGUCCAAUAUAGCAAUCAUAGUUUUCUGGUAAUCUGUAUACAAAGCAUACAAAUUCAGUGCACAGUGGUAGUUUAUUAAGGGGGGGGGAGAGUGAAAUUUCAAAAUUUUCUCUCAAACGAAAUUUAUACAAACGGUAAAAAACCGUUUUACUAUCAUAUUGUUUUUAGAUUUUUAGCGCAGCAAUGGAAUUUAAGAAAAGUUGUAAUUAAUAACCUUUGUCGCUGAUAUUAAAUUUGUUCAAUAAAAAAAAAUGAACUAAUUAAUAAUAUAUUUAAUUUUUUCGCAUAGUACUAAAAAAAUAAUACGCCUGUAGUAGUUAAUAGUUUAAUCAUAUUAAUUCAAGACAAUAGUAAUGUCAAUGUUAAUACAUGCAUACAUUCAUGUUUUUAUAAACGUACUUACUUUUUUCUUAUUUUACUUCGACAAGUUUAAGUUAAACCUAACCUAACCUUCUCCUUCCAUCAAUCUGCCAAUGGCAGUGCAUCCAUUGAGCUCAUCGUCUUUGGUUUAUUUUUAUUUUGCGUAAAUAUUCUGUUUGUUCAUUUUUAUGUUUUGCUAAGAUCUACCAGAAUAUAUAGGAAAAAAAAAAUACGAACCAUUUCUAAAUUGGAUGCGUGCCAUUCAGAUACGUUUGAUCAUUGGACGGGGACAUUCCGCACAUUAAUUAUUGUUACUACCUGAUAAUUGCAUUUAUAUCACGUGAUCCAUCUUCAUUAAUUUAGCAUACCUAGGUAUACACUAAACAUUUAUUUUGUAGAUGUAUGAUAAAACAUGAUAUACUUACGUUGAUUUUUAACGAUUUCUUUGGAUGUUUAUUAAUAGUAUGUUGACCUCUACGUGUUAUAAUACGGCUUAUGAGAACUUUUAUAAAUAAGCGACAUAUUUAAAUUUAACAACUCAAAAAUAUUAAAAUUCACUUUCAAGUUUCUAAUAAAUUUAUAAUUAGUCCCGUGUCGUUAUAACGAAUUUUAUUGUAAAUCGUAAAAAUAACAAGUGUUUACAAAAAACCGUUUCGCACGGGUAAAAAUUAAUCGGGUUAUAGACUUAAAAUCAAAUGUUCAUUAUGAAACAAAGAGGACUCUUGCACUGUGUAACAUAAGAUUUAGCUUUAUAACAUCACCAUUACAAAAUAAGUUAUUUGAGUUUGAUAAACUUUAAAUUAUUAUAAUUUUUUGAAACAAUCAUAACUGUUUUUGUACUUCGUAUGUAGUAAAGAACAAAUAAAACUAAUGUGAGAUGUCGAGAUAUUGUUAUAAACCUGAAACGUAAUAAUAAUAAUAUUAAUAAUUGUUUAUCCUAUUGUUUGUUACAGAUUUUUUUUUGUACAAUUUUUGAGGCUGACAAUAACACAUUUCUUGACAUUUUUUUGACAUUGAAAAAAAAUUAAUUUUAUUCGUUCUAAACAAUUUGAAAAGUGUAAUUUAUUUAUUUUUAGAUUAUUAUAAACAUUACAACUUAUAAUAUACUUUGUGUUAAAUUUUCAAGUAUUUCUUUUAGGUUUUAUAAUUCUAAUAGCAGAUACCGAUUACCUAUACCAAAUCGAAAUACAUAAAAAACUCGAAAAUAUUAAAUACAAUAUCAAAGGUCAAUAUAAGUUUUUUGUGAAAACUACAAAUCUCUACAACAAUUUUUAACUGAACAACAACAAUAAAUCAAAAUACACUAUGCCGUAUUUCCUACGUUUUUUCGUAAUUAUUAGGAAAACUAUACGAAAAAUCAAACUACUUUUUUACUCACAAUCAAAAAAACAUUUUUUUUUUUUUAAAAUAUACUAUUCUUAAAACUUGUAUAAAGAUUUCUGGUAAAAAAAAUUUAAAAUGUUUAAACAGUGAAAUCAUUUCACUGUAAUUUGAAAAAGUCGUAUUUUACGAUUUUUCAGGUUGAACCAAUUAUUGUGAAAACUACUUUAAGUAUCAAAAAGCACUACCUCUGUCAAUGGCUAUAUAUUAUAAGGAACAAAACGAUUUAUUUUCAUUUUUUUUUUCUGAUUGGAGCAAUAUUUCUAGUAGAAAUUUAAUUUGCAAAAAUUUAAAACAAUGAAAUCAGUAACCGCAGCGGCGUGCCAUAAAUAUUUGCCGAUUUACGUAUAAUUUUCUUUUGGUUUUUUCUCAAUUAUUUUGGAAAAUCAAAAAUUUUCUAACUUUGAUGCACCAACUAGACAAAAUUUCUUUUCAGAAAAGGUAUUACACUCUAUACAUCGAGCAAGAUUUGUGGUAGAAAAUUUGUUCAUAGAUUAAAAAAAUAAACAAAUUACAAUGCGCACAUCAGUCAUUACCAAUAAAUCCAUCGCUACACUUCGAAUUUAAAAUUAGACCUACUACUAGCAUAUAAAUACUACAUGUUAUUUGAAUUAUAUGAAUUGUAUAAUAUUGUAUAGUAAUCAUAGAUUUGAAUAAUUAAUCGGUUUUUGACGUUAUUAGAAGCGAAAUAAACUUAUUUGGAGCGAGGUGUUACUAGUUAUAAGCUCGUAUAUUAUUUUACACACAUAAUAUAUUGUGAAAACUGAAAACGAUAAGUAAAAAUUAAAUGUAUAAUUGUUGAUUUAUGUUUGCGUAUAGUUUCUACAACAAUAAUUAUUCGUCGACCUCAACAAAGAUGAUCAAAAUUCAAAGUUUCGGGACACUGUGUUACAACGACCGUACAACAACUGUCGAGCAGUCGUCUAAUUUCACUCGUCCUCACCUCGCGGUGUAUGUUAUAAUUUUAAAUUCGAAAGCGCACAAUGACGAUAAAUCUAUUAAAUCCUGCAAAACAAUACUACGAGUCAAAUAUUAUUAUUCAUUGCAUGGUCUUAUUGUUUGCUGCAGGAUUUGAUUUUAGUUUUUGACGGAUUAGAGCAGAAUGAAUUUAUGAAUGUUUUUACACAGUCGUGUGUUCGUAUAUGUUUAGUGGCCACGCAUAAUCAAUUAUCUGAAUUCAGAAAAUAUUUUGUAUCUAUUGAUACUUUAUAUAGAUUACCCAAGGAGUAUUGUAGCAUUUAUAGUUGGAAUUGAAAACGAGAUAAAUGCUGAAAAAAAAGUCUUUUUAAAUUAGUAGGUGGAGUUCCUCAUUAUUUAUUUUAAAUUUCAUUGGGAUUUGUAUUUGACCAGAACUAAAAAAGUUUAAUAUUAUUAUCACUCGAAAGGAGCAAUUUGGGAUCAUUAAAUUUUAAAUGGCCGUUACGGGACAUUUAUCAUUAACUCUUAAACCAAUUGGAAUUAAUUAUACUUUCGAGUAUUUAAUUCAACCGUUUUUGAUGAAUUUAUCGAAUCAAAAGUAUUUUUUAUUUCUUUUAUUCUGAAUUCUUAUACCUACAAUAAUCCGUAAUAAUCAUUCCAUACUAAAACAGAAAUAUCUAUUAUACGUAUCUAAUAGUAGGGUGAGAUUAUAUGGAAUAUAAAACUCUCAUUACCGAGUUGAAUUUAAAUAAAAAAUAAAUAAAUAAAUUGCGGCUUCUUAUAAACGAACGAAUUUAAUUUUUUUUAAGUCAUUUUCGAUAAAGUAUAAAAGAGCGAUUUAUUUCUCUGCUCGGGGUUUAAUAAUAUUAUUGACUAUUAUUGUCUCCGGGGUCGUCUCACCCGACACAAUCCGAGGUUCGAAUCAGUGCAUCCUUGCGGCAAUGUUAUUUUUCCAACAAAACAAUGAUUAUUAUUCUAGCGAUUACUUUAUUUACUAACCCUACUCGUUAUUUUAUAUGCUCGAGAACCGGAAUAAUUUAAUAAUGUCUAUGGGACUGAAUGUGUGCACAAAUUCCUUUUUUCUUAUUUUUCCUGUUUAAAUUUGUUCCACGCAAGGUCGGUCACACUUAUUUUAUUUUCGCCCUCCUGUAACACCUUUUUAUUACCAUUAAUGCAUCUAUAUACCACAGGUAUAUUUCAUGUCUCCCCUAAAAGAGCAAAAACCUUCUAAAAGCUUCCGGACAAUAUUCAUCUUCGUUACGAGUAGGUGCAAAUAGGUGUUUUUAAAACUUAGUAACGAUUACACGGACGAAUGGUUCGGCAAAGUUUGUAUAUUUUAUUCAUUCGUACAAUUAUUGUUUUCAGCGUAACACCUACACAGAAUUUUGCCGUGAAAAGAGGCCGAUCGGCACAGCCGGAUAAACGGGACGAGGACCACGGAAAUAAGGAACAACAGGAGUGUUAUUGUAUUAGUGGCAACAAUAUGUUGCGGCCGUGGAGCACGCAAGACUUGGCGCCGUUGAACACAAUCAUGGCUUGGGGUCCGAACGACGAUUUUUGAUUGAAUAAAAAAUAAUCCAUUGUAUAGUACCUACACAGUUCUAAAAAUCGUAAAUGCAAAAUAUUUAGAAAAUUUAGAC